ACAGCUUUUCAUUUGUGUCCGAAAUAGAACAUUCGCUUGGUUUGCAUUCACAAGGCAAGACAGCCACUGGGAAUGGAUGGGUAGACUGCGAGUGCUCCCAAACCAUCCCUGAUCCCGGCGCUAUCCUCUGCUCUUUUCUGUGAGUUUGUGUCAAGGUGGCCGUAGCUAGUUUGUGAAUCUGUGCUCAGCUGACAAACAGCCUGGCUUUAUGUCCGAAAUAAAACACCCGCUCGACUCGUUUGCAUGCAAGACCUACACUUGCACUGGAAUGGAUGGGAUGGAUGUAGUGCCGCGUACUACAGUACUCAGUCUAUAGAGUUUAGUCACUAGUGUCGCGUCGGUGCUCUGACCCUGUGCUCGGGCGACGAACAGGUUCGUCAUGCAGCUUGGAAAACGCCUCUCACUCUUUCCUGGCAUAGCAUUGGUAGUUGCAGUCGUGGUACAAGUGCUCCUGCUCCUGGCAAUAUGCAGGAGCGCCACGGGCUCACAGAAAAUCACUAUCGCCGUGAAAACCUCUCAGAAGAACCACAAGUCGCGCAUAGCCCUGCUGCUGCGCACCUGGCUGUCGGAAUCGCAGUCCUCGGCGUACGUAUUCACCGACGCCGAGGACACGGUGCUCAGUGACGCGCUGGACGACCGUGUGUUCGUCACGGACUGCGGCCAGUCGCACCAACGGGCCGACCUGUGCUGCAAGACGUGGCGCAUCAUUGAUUGGUACGUGACGCGCUGGGCCACCACCACCUCUACUACUGCUGCUACUGGUGUGCAAGCGGCGGAAGCAGCAGUGGCGGGCCAGAAUGGAGACGCAGAUGACCGAUGGCUAUGCUUGGUGGAUGACGACACGUACGUGAACAUACCAGUGCUGCAAACAGUACUGGAGAAUGCAGCACGUACUAGUAGCACGAGCAACAGCAACGGCAAACCGUCGCCGUACCUUUAUGUGGGAAAGCCGAGCGUUGCCGGCAAGCUCUCACUACCGCCGAUGUUUAGAAUGAAUUACGGCGACGCGCCAAUCGACAAGUACUGGUUUGGCACGGGCGGAGCCGGAGUCUGCAUGAACCUGGCGGUGGCUCGACGCUUGCACGCGUUCAUCGUUGGCAUGAACAAGACACUGGUGACGUUGUGUGGCGAGACUGGUUGCCCGGACGACAUGACGCUCGGCGUGGUGAUGGAAGUGCUGCUGGGCGUGCCGCUGCGCGUGUCCACUAAGCUGCACUCCCAUCUGGAGAGCCUGCGUAGCAUCGGUGACCCCACCCAGGAGGCCACGCUCAGCUACAACGCGGGCGCCAAGUACACGAACACGGUCAACGCCGAGCGGCUGAGCAAGGCGCUGCCGGUCAGCGAGGACCCGAGCAGGCUGCUGUCCGUGCAUUGUUCAAUACAUCCCACACUAGAAUGGUGCCCGCAUUGACCCAACACGUCCAGAUCGACAUGCUACUAGUAUGCGAUGCUUGAGGAGUGCCCUCGUUGCAGUAGCACAACAAGAGGCCCUAGAGUAGUGCCCAUGCACAUUGACGCUAGGAUGGUGCCCGCAUUUUGACGCAACAUUCGAUGCUAGAAGCGGCGCUCGCGUUGAUACAACAUGUGACAAAGGAGUUAUGGCCACGUUGACAUAGCAUGCCAUGCUAGAAUGAUACCUGCGUUGAUACAAUGCGGCGAGGACUGCGCUCGUGGCACUCGCUCGUGGCAGUGCCGAGCCAAAGCCGGGAGCCACGAACAUGCGACCUGAGCCGGAAUGGUUGCUGCAUUGAUACAGCAUGCGACGCUGGAAUGGUGCCCGCGUUAACAGAAAAUCGGUACCAGAAUGGUGCCCGUGUUGACCCAGCAUGCUUGCGUUGAUAGAACAUCGAUGCUACUGGAAUGGUGCCCGCGUUGAUACAAUGUGCGACGCUAGAAUGAUGCCUGCGUUGAUGCAGCAUGUGAUUGUGAUAAUGGUGCUUUCGUUGACACCACGUGCAACGCUAAAGUGGUACCCUCGUUGAUACAACAUGCAACGCUAGAAUAGUGCCCUCGUUGACUCAUCGAUGCUAGAAAUCUGAAUGAUGCCUUCGCUACUCUCAUCGAUGCUAGAAUGAUGCCUUCAUUGGCACAACAUGCGAUGCUAGAAUGGUGCCCUCGUUAUCACAACAUGCGAUGCUAGAAUGGUGCCCGCGUUGACACAACACACGCCGAUAGAAUGGGCCUCUCGUUGACAAUGCGCGCGUGAUGCUAGAACGGUGUCUUCAUUGAUGCAGCAUCUCAUGCGAGUGGUGUCCACGUUGACAGACCGUCCGGCACUGCAGUGUUUUCUGUGCCCACGUUGCAUCCGACAGGAAAGUGGCGGCAUCCGUGUGUUGGCAUUAGAUCGAUGCAAGAAUGAUGUCCUCAUCAUGUUUGUUGUCAAGGCAUUCACCUGCACGGAGUGAUCUAGUCCACGUUUACGUUACAUUCCUGGAGGUAUGGUGGACACACCCAAUGCCUGUGUGUUGUUCAGUUUUGUUUCAGCGCUACCGUCUGGACGGUGUGGAGGCAUUGCGGCACGCCGGGAUUACUACGUAUGUGGUGAUGAUCAGGAGGAACGGUGAACCAACUCUGGCCAGGGCAUGCUGCAGGCUAUGAUGGGUUAACAGUGUGUGUGCGUGCGUGUGUGUGUAUCUAUUGUAUAAAUUUGCAUCUACAACAGUCCCCUUACGCGCACGCCUAGGUACUGUAAACUGAGACUCAAUGCAGACCUAACAGGUUGACGUGUGACGGAUUCAACAGGCCGUGUGUGUGUGUGUGUGUGUGUGUGUGUGUGUGUGUGUGCGUGUGCGUGUUACCCGGGUGGGUCGUGGCUGAUCGGACAGUCGCCAUGCGUAUUGCUAACCGCUGUCCGCUAUCUUCCAGACUGCACCGCUACUAGCGGCUACUGUCUGUCCGCAAAGUGAAAUGGGUCUGACUGAAUCCUUUGCUGGCGUCUUGCGACAGGAACAUGUACAUUCUUUAUUUAUUCAUGGCUAUGAAACGGAUCUCCUUUGACAGUGCAUCGUCUCUUUAUUCUUGCAACACACAGUAUGAUUAUGUAACUUACUGCCAAAGGCUUGUGCUACCCUAUAUCAAGUCCUGUUAGUUUAAGAGAAUUUCUCAGCAGUUUCCCGAACCUGAGAGCUGGCUACCACAACACCCCUCUAUCAUAGGCUGAUCCAUACCGGCUUCGUUUGAUUACCGGUAUGUUCUAAUCGAAACGCCACGAUAUGCAACAAUAGAAGUUUUUCGCCUAUUCCUAGAAAUACCAAGCAGGCGCAGUGGCCGGGUUGCUCUAA